GACAAUUGCCGGUGACAUAAAGUCCAGUCAAUAGACGUUCAUACUAGUAGUGUCAAAGAAAAUUAUUUAGUACAUUGUGUAGAGUUGAAAUUUGGACUUUAAUUUGGAUUUUUCACAUUCAAGAUGGUGAGAUGUUUUAGUUGUAUUCUAUCACUGGCACUUCUAAUUUUGUAUUCAAUAUCUUAUUCAGAUGGCCUGGCUGUCAUGUCCAUUGAUUUGGGAAGUGAGUUUAUGAAAAUCGCCAUUGUCAAGCCUGGUGUACCAAUGGAAAUAGCUUUAAAUAUUGAAUCAAGAAGAAAAACUCCUCUUGUUGUUUCAAUGAAAGAUAAUGAGAGAUUAUUCAGUGAUCCUGCAAUGGGUGUGGCUGUGAAAAAUCCUAAAUUUGCAUACCGUUAUCUUCAUGAUCUUAUUGGUAAGAAGAUUGACAAUCCUCUUGUUGACUUGUAUAAAAAAAGAUUUCCUUUCUAUGAGAUUUUGAAAGACGAUAGAGGUUCUGUGCUUUUCCAGCACGACAGUGCAACCACGUUCUCUGUUGAAGAACUUCUCGGCAUGGUUUUGAACAACUCGCGGGAGAUUGCUGAAAAGUUCGCAGAUCAGCCAAUUAAGGAUGUCAUUAUUACUGUGCCGCCAUUUUUUACACAAGCUGAAAGACGUGCCGUGAAUAGAGCCGCCUCCAUGGUAGGACUAAAUGUACUUCAGUUGAUGAAUGAUAACACUGCUGCUGCCUUGAACUUCGGAGUGUUUCGAUAUAGUUCAUUUAAUGCCACUGAAAAGAUAUAUAUGUUCUAUGAUAUGGGGGCUACGAGUACUACGGCAACGAUUGUUGGUUACAGUACGACGAAAGUCAAGGACAGAGGCAUUGCCGAAACGGCUCCCCAGCUUAUUGUGAAAGGAGUUGGAUUUGACCGUUCGUUAGGAGGGCGAGAGUUCGAUUUUCGAGUCAGAGAUCACUUGGUGAAACUGUUCAAGGAGAAGCAUACAGAUCUUGACCCAACAACAUCUCCACGUGCGAUGAGUAAAUUUUUAAAAGAAGCAAAACGUGUAAAACAAGUUCUCAGUGCUAAUACGGAAACUAUUUCACAGAUAGAGGGCGCUUUCAAUGAUCAAGAUUUCCGUGCUAAAGUAACGAGAGCCGAAUUCGACGAGAUGAGCGCAGAUCUUUACGAUAGAGUUGCAGAACCUGUUAUCCAAGCCUUGAAGUCGUCCUCGGUUACCUUGGACGAAAUUGAAAGUGUUCUCGUUCUUGGGGGUGGUUUUAGAAUCCCUAAAGUACAAGAAAUUUUACUAAAAGCCGUUAAAAAGUCUGAAUUAAGCAAGAAUAUCAAUGCUGACGAAGCCUCAGCUAUGGGUGCCGUAUAUCAAGCUGCUCGACUAAGUAAGGGUUUUCGCGUGAAAAACUUUGUGGUUAAAGAUACCAAUGUUUAUCCGAUAGAGGUAACAUUUGAAAGGCCACUAAGGAACAGCAAGGGCGAAGAAACGGGUGAAUUCAAGACGGUGAGAAGAACGUUAUUUCAUCAAAAUAAUGUUGUGCCACAAAAGAAAGUAAUGACCUUCAAUAAGAAUACAGAUGAUUUCAAGUUUGCUGUUAGUUAUGGUGAUGUGUCAUUCCUUACUGAUAUGCAACGAAGCAUGAUUGGCAGUUCCCAUCUCUUAGACGUGCAAGUUAAGGGUGUUAGUGAUUCGUUCAAAAAACACGAAAGCGACAAAACAGAUCCAAAAGGAAUUAAAGCUUAUUUCACACUAGAUGAAGCGGGGAUUCUCUCGUUAGAAAAGAUUGAAUCAGUCUUCGAAAAAAUUCCCGAACCUGAAAAGGAAGAACCGUCAACAUUUGCCAAACUUGGAAGCAAAAUUUCAAGUUUCUUUACCGGGUCCUCUGAUACAGAUGGGUCAAAAGAAGACUCGAAGGAAAAGGAGACUAAGUCCGAAGAAAUAAAAGAUAAUGAAAAAAGUGAGAAAAAAGAAGGUGAAAAAUCUGAUGAAGAAAAGACGAAAGAAGAGGAAAAAGAUAAGAGUGAGAGCACGAAAGAUGACGAGAAAAAUGAAAAAACAAGUGAAAAAGAUGAAAAAACAAGUGAGAAGAGCGAGAAGGGGAGCGAAGAAAGUCAAGACAAGGAAAGCAAGAGCGAUGAAAAGAAAGAUGAGGGCGCAGAAGAACAGAAGAAAGGUGAAGAAGAGAAGAAAAAAGAAGAAAAGUCAGACGAUAAUAAAGGAGCGAAAGAUGAGAAAGUUAAAAGUGACGGUGAGAAGAAUAAGACUGCAGAUGAGAAGACUGAGAAACAAGCUCCUCCAAAACCCAUCACUAUCCGUGAACCUCUCCAAGUAGAAUCUGAAAUUGUUGAUUUGCAAGAGAUGGCUACUGAUAGAUUUGACGUCGCUGUAAAUAGACUAAAAAAUUUGAAAGCUCGUGAUGAUGCUAAAAUAGCGAAUGCUAAGGCAAAGAACUCAGUUGAGAGUUUCUUGUUUGAAACCCGAGAUAAAUUGUCUGAUGAAGAGGGGGAAACUUUGAUGACCGAAGAUGAACGAGAGAAGCUUGAGACGGCUUUAUCUGAAGUAUCUGAGUGGUUAGAUGACGAGGGAUGGGAUACAACGGAAGAUGUUUACAAAGCAAAGUUAAAAAUAUUAAAGGGAGCUGCCAAAGAUUUCUAUUUGAGAAUAUCAGAAUUGAAAAAUCGUCCAGAAGCAAUUGAGAAUCUACGUCGAAGUUUGAACUUGACAGUGACGUUUUUACAACAAGUUGCUGUGAUGAAAGAAAAGGACGAGAUUUUCACGAACAAAGAUUUAGAAGAUGUCUGGAAAGUACUGAAUGAAACUGUUGAAUGGCUCUAUAAUACAGAAAAGAAACAAAAUGAAACUAAACCAUCAGAAAAUCCGGUAUUACUGGUCAAAGAUAUUGUACAGAAGACUGGUAAACUGGACCGAGAGUUAAUGUAUUUGUUAAACAAGGCUAAAUACUAUGUUCCGAAGACUAAACCAGCAGAUAACAGCACUACUACUAACGGCACGGACAGUGGGGGAAAGCCUGAAAGUAAAACAAAGGUUGAUGAGUCUAAAGAGAAAGGUGAAGAAAAAAAGGCAGAUGAUAAAUCUGCUGAUGCAGAAGAUAUGGAUGAUAAGCAGAGUAAAAGCGAGGGCGAAACAAGUGAAGAAGGCAAGAAGACAAAGAAUGAAGACAGUCAAGAAAAAGGAAGUGAAGAAACAAAAAGUGAAAAUAGUGAAGAUAGUCAAGAAACAAAGAGUGAAGAUAGUCAAGAUACAAAGAGUGAAGAUACAAAGAGUGAAGAUAGUCAAGAUACAAAGAGUGAAAACACGAAGGAAACUGUUGAUAAGAAGGAUGACACUACGACUAAAUCCGAAUCGUCAGAACCCCAUAAAGAAUUAUAGUGAAUAAACCAAAGUGUGACUCACUGCGGCGUGGAUUGCGGACGAGACCUUGACUAAGCAAGAAUGACAUUGACCUUGAAUUGCAAACCGCUGAUUCAUUGAGAUGAAUUUGGUUUAACCAUGACAGCAUAGUUCGAAAAAUUAUAAUGUUCAUGCUAGAGAACUGGGCAUAGCUAUAGCGCUAUACAGGUGUGCAGGGCACGUUUCUUGGCAGAAAAAUAAACACGUGACAAUUAGCUUCCCAAAAUGGGAACAACUAAGAAACAGCUAAAAAUAGAAAUAGAAGUUUUUUUCAGAAAAAUACGAGCAACGCUCUUUGUUCCAAAAAAGCCUGGUCAUCUUGUUUGCUUAAGCUCUCCGUAUAUCUUGGGAAAUAAACAGCAGCUAGGAGUUAUUUAAUUUAUAAAUACUGUUUUUAAGAUUGUUAUUCAAUUCGUUGGACAUUAAAUUGUAAAAUAUCUUCUUUA